UUCGUUUUUGCGCUGAAGUGACGUGACAGUUGAUUUGUUUGAUUAAAAUAACUAAAAGUAAAAGCGCAGCUAAAUCGAUUUGCACCGGAAUCCAUUAACCUGGAAUCGGCAGCCUGAAGCAAAGACGCAGCCGGAAAAGGAGAGGCACCCAGAAAGAACGAUCGUCGCACCGGUAGAGGAAAAUAUAGAGAGGAAGAGAGAGCGUGAGAAACUGGGAGCUGCACGGGUGAAAUUUCGUGGUUUCGGGACCCCGACCACCUGAACCCUCCACCUCCCGCUGAUAAUAUAUCCAUUCCCCACUGGCAAGAUGCUGUGUAUACAAUAUUAGCGAUUAUCGAGAGCAGGCAGCGCAUGUGCCGGCAUCACAAAACCAACUAUUGAAUAUUUAAGCUUUUGUAAACAAAUUCUGGAGAGGAGGUGACCAAGGUCAAACAAUCCGACGAAUACGAAUACCUGGCGGCUAGUUCGUUUCGCUCCACCGCAAAGUGCCAGUAAUCCCGUGCCGCUUGCAAUGGCUACAAGCAGCCAGCUGUUGCCCAACGGCAACUUGUCCAGGAAUGGCAAGACCAAAAUAGACGGUGAGGAGGUGGAAGCCGUCCUUGGAGCUCGUGCAGCAGGUGCAGAUGCCGGAGUAGCACUAACGGGACUAACAGGACACUCAUCCACUUCCGGAACGUUUAUGAAACUGAAAACCUAUCUCCUAGCUCUGCGUCCCUGGUCGCUGUCCGCCAGUCUGGUUCCAACGUUGCUCGGCUCAGCCCUGGCCUACCGCUCCCAGUGGGCGGAGGAGUUUUCGCUGGCCACCUUCUUCCUCACCGCCUUCACCGUGGUCACCGUCCACUGCGCCGGCAACGUCGUGAACACCUACUUCGACUUCAUCAAGGGCAUUGACAAGCAGAAAGCCGACGACCGCACGCUGGUGGACCAUAUACUCACAAAGGAUGAGGUGGUAUCGCUGGGCGCCAUUCUGUACAUGGCUGGUUGCGGAGGUUUUGUUUUGCUGGCUGUGCUCAGUCCGGCGAAAAUGGAGCACCUGGCACUGAUCUACUUCGGGGGAUUGUCCUCGAGCUUCCUGUACACUGGAGGCAUCGGUUUCAAGUACAUUGCCCUUGGAGAUCUGGUAAUACUAAUACUCUUUGGACCCAUCUCGGUACUUUUCGCCUUCAUGUCACAAACGGGUCAUGUGGACUGGACAACAAUGGGUUAUGCGAUUCCUCUGGCCCUCAACACAGAGGCAAUUCUGCAUAGUAACAACACUAGAGAUGCGGACAACGAUCGCCGGGCUGGAAUUGUAACGCUCGCCAUUUUAAUAGGACGUACAGCAUCUCACGUUCUGUAUGCCAUGCUACUCUUCGCACCCUACUCAUUAUUCUUCAUCUUCGGCUUGAAGUACUCUCUGUGGUUCCUACUGCCGCUGGUAACCCUGCCACAAGCCUUCCAGAUUGAGAAGCGUUUCCGUAACGAACAGACAAUGCACCUGGUUCCUCGGCAAACAGCUAAGCUGAACUUCUUUUUUGGCAUCUUGUAUAUCGUGUCCUGCUGUUGCGCCCACCAGUUGCCUACCUUCGGGUUGCGAAGAAAUUGAUGGGCGGGAUAAACUUACAGAACUGGCAGAAAAUCUGAAUCAGAGAGAACCUGGUGCAAUGAUUUAGGGAAUUUCAUUAGGCUUUAGUCAAUGUGAGUAACAAGAAGGGAAAAUGAAGCUUUGUCAGCUUCCCAAAGUUUGAUGUUGCGCAAAAUUCGAAUGCUGCUAGUCGCCCGUUAGAUUCUAAACUUUUGAACUGAACAUAUCCUAGCCCUAAACGGUCGAUUACUUUGAGAGAAAUUCUAUGGUUGAUAUAAGACAUUUUGAAAUACAAAUUAAAGGCCUAGUAUCAGCUUAACAGUUUACUAUAUUAAUUCCAAAUGAUAAUCCAUAACCAUUGUGCAAACACAAGUAAAACUUAAUCCAAUUCGUUAAGCUAAAAAGUCCAUAAACCAAAUACAUACUUAAAAUAAAUAUUAAAAUCUUUUACAAUAUUAAAUUUUUUGUAAUAUUGAAAUUUUAAGAAAUACAUUUCAUUGGCUUUCAAGUUUAUUAAACCAAAGGCAUGAUAUUAGACAAUUAAUUUCUAAGUCAAAAAUUGCUUAAAUUGUCCUAGGGUUUGCUUACUACCUAUAAUAUCGACCUUAACCUAUCCCACUCGCUUUUAUUUAUUUCAUAUCGUCACAAUCUUAAGUCCUUACCAAUCAAUGUUAUCAAUAAUCAUACUCUUCCUCCCGCGCGUUGGGAAUUACGGACCAAGAAAGUUUUGUGCAGCAGCAACCAGUAAUUGUAAUUCAGACCGACUUUUAUAUUAUUCUAAAAUAUAUAUCACCACAUUCACACGGGUGCAGAUACUUAAGUUUCGCGAAUCAAAAUGCAGAUUUACUUUACGAAUAGAAGUGCUUGGAAAUGCAGCUAAGUUGAAUGUUUUUGGCAAUUGGCUGGCUUGCUUUGAGAGUUUUACAAAUAUUAUAUACACGGUCACGAGCAUAUAUUUAUACACAAAUCUAGAUCAUGUAAGCCCAGUGUCUAGCGGCUGGCUCAGAGUGAGAAUUAAAAAAGAAAAAUCAAGAAAACCUAAGUAAAACGAAAACGGAACACAAAUUACAAUUUUUAAAUAACUAUAUACGUAGAUGUCGAGGACGAGGAGCAACAAUUGUUUUCCAUUAACAAUAGCGUAUGCAUAUAAACAAAUAGCUUUAAAUGACAAAAAGAAAAGGAGAAAGCCAAAUCCCAUUCGCAUUAUAAUUCAUUGUGUAACUGAACAUUUGUGUGGCAAUAUUUAUUUGUACGCUAGAUUUUUGUAUAUUCAUUCAUUCUUUUGUAUAUUGCAUAUAUUGCAUAAAGAAAUGCUUUUGUUGGAAUCGCUCAGUAACCGAGUGGAAUUGAACUAAGUGAAAACUUCGUAGACUACAAAUCAACAACCAGAUGAACAAUAAUAAUUAUAAUGAUAUUGAUAAUUAAAUGUUUAAUUAGAGAAUGUAAACAAGAAUUGUGUAAUAUAUACUGAUUUAUAUUUUAUUGAACGCCAAGAAA